CUUCCUUACCAUCCUGAGAUCAACUACUGUACAUGUCAAGCGACAACUUGAUCUUCUCCUCGCUCUAGAUUCCCAUGAGGCAUUUCCUCGUCUCAGAAGGAAGAAGAAGAAUAUACUGUUCUUAACUCUAUACAAGAGCUCACUAAUGCUGCUAUAUCAAAAAAGAAGAAGAGGAAGAAGAAGAAGUUCCGUCUAGAUCUUUCAAAGCCUCCACAUCAAUUCGCUGCCAUUUGUUUCACUGGUUUGCUCUCAAUUACUCCCACCGUAAAAGGAAAGUCGUUUUUAUUUUGUUUCAUAUAUAUUGUCUCUCCCCAAAGCAAGGCGUAGUAUUUGAAAUCUGUUUUCUAGAUUAAUGGCACUCUCUGUUUCCUAAAGUUCGAUUCUCUCCGUCAACUCCUUUUACUAUAAAUACGACUAUCCUCUGACCAUUCAUUAUGUCCUUGAAUGGCGUCUAUUUAUGCCAUCCUUUCUCCUCUCAUUCGCACACUCUUUGAUGUCUCCUCUUCCUUCUCCGUCACCACCGCCACCGCCACCGCCACCGCCACCACAAGCUGUUGGUUUAGUUUUCGGGUCGGGCCCCGAGGUUGAAUGGUCCCAUGGCUUCCUGUGUCAAUUGCAAACCCAAAAUCGUCACCGGCACUUUGGGUUAUGUCCUCGAAGAUGUUCCACAUUUGUCUGAUUAUAUUCCUAACCUUCCCACAUUUUCUAAUCCUUUGCAGAACAAUCCUGCUUAUUCAGUAGUCAAGCAGUAUUUCGUAAACGUAGACGAUACUGUUCCUCAUAAGGUUGUUGUUCACAAAGAUAGUCCAAGAGGGGUACAUUUUCGGCGUGCUGGACCUCGCCAAAGGGUGUAUUUCGAACCAGAUGAAGUUCAGGCAGCCAUUGUCACAUGUGGGGGUCUAUGUCCUGGACUCAACACUGUCAUUAGGGAAUUAGUAUGUGCCCUGUACCAUAUGUACGGCGUCAAGAAAGUUUUAGGAAUCGACGGAGGUUACAGGGGCUUUUACGCUCGCAAUACAGUUACUCUGAAUCCUAAGAACGUGAACGAUAUACAUAAACGUGGAGGAACUGUUCUUGGGACGUCACGAGGUGGACAUGACACCACUAAGAUUGUUGACAAUAUCCAAGAUCGAGGGAUCAAUCAGGUUUACAUAAUAGGAGGAGAUGGAACUCAGAGGGGAGCGUCUUUGAUUUUUGAGGAAAUUAGAAGGCGUGGUCUCAAAGUCGCAGUUGCCGGAAUUCCCAAAACCAUAGACAAUGACAUCAUGGUUAUAGAUAAGUCGUUCGGGUUUGACACGGCAGUUGAGGAGGCUCAACGUGCUAUAAAUGCGGCACAUGUUGAAGCUGAAAGCAUUGAGAAUGGCAUUGGCGUUGUGAAGCUGAUGGGUCGCUAUAGUGGAUUUAUUGCCAUGUAUGCUACUCUUGCAAGUCGAGAUGUGGACUGUUGCUUGAUUCCAGAGUCAAACUUCUACCUUGAAGGUGAAGGUGGGCUUUUUGAGUUCAUAGAGAAAAGGCUAAAAGAAAACGGGCACAUGGUUAUUGUGAUAGCCGAAGGGGCAGCACAAGAUCUUGUUUCAGAGAGCAUGCAAACCAUGGCCAAGCAACAGGAUGCUUCAGGCAAUAAGCUUCUUCAAGACGUUGGACUCUGGAUAUCCCACAAGAUCAAGGGCCACUUUGCCAAACAUAAAAGCAUGUCCAUAAAUCUCAAAUAUAUAGAUCCCACCUAUAUGAUCCGAGCUGUUCCAAGUAAUGCCUCUGACAACGUGUACUGCACACUUCUUGCUCAAAGUGCCGUCCAUGGAGCAAUGGCAGGUUACACUGGCUUCACGAGCGGACUUGUAAAUGGAAGAUAUACUUACAUACCCUUCUAUAGAAUCAUAGAGAGACAGAACUGUGUGGUGAUAACUGAUAGAAUGUGGGCACGGGUUCUGUCUUCAACGAAUCAGCCAAGCUUUUUGGGUCCUAAGGACGUGAUUGCAGACCAUAGGGAAGAAGAAAUGUUGGACGAGAUUGAUGAUCCUUGUUUAAACGACAUUAUGGUUAACACAGAAGUCGCCAGCAUUUGAGUUAUGACAGUCUCGUUCAUAAGUUGUUAAGAGUCUUUUGUUUUUUCCGUUGGAGCCACUCAAAAUUGUGAAGAGUCAGCACAUCAACUAACAAUGUCAAGGGGUGCCGCUUCAUUUGCAAAUGCAUUUCUGUUUUGGUGCGAUGUACAGUCUCCAUUGCUUGUAUAUGUGCAAAGUCUAUAUUAUUGUCCCGUUUAACUA